AUGAGACAACUCAUUAGGAUCAUUGUUGAUGGUCAAACGAGUGGGAUACUGGACCAGCGCAAUAUUUUUCCCGGUCUGCUCGUGUCCAGCGCUUCUGUUCGCACGCUGCCAGACAACAAGGCCAUGACACGAGUCGUUGCCUUUGCUUCACGCUAG